AUGCUGCCUCAAAGAAAACAUCUCAGUGGUGGUAGACUUUAUUCAAAACUAGACGAAAAUUUGUUGUUUAAAGUAGAUUCGCAUAAAGAAGAUUUGUGUAAAGAACUUGAUAGACUUAUUAACAAGUUAACGAAUGCUGAAAUCAAAUAUCUGCCCUUAACUAAGUAUGAAUAUCCUGUUAAACAAUUAUUUGAUCAAAGUCAUCAGAUCAUAGCAGAAAAAGAAAAAGUAAAAGCUACAAUUGAGAAUUUACGCACAGAAGUUGCAAAUCUUAAAUGUGAGCUUAUUAAAAAUAAUGAUCAAAUCAUGUUAUUAAAUAAAAGGCAUAAAAAAUUACUUAGUACAUCUGAAAGUUUAUGA